GUGCACAUUAAGCGGCGAACUUUUGCUUUGACCAGACCCAGACCUAGACCUUUGACCAAAGCAGCGAAAAGUGUGAAAAGGCAGCAAAAUUCCUGUAACAAAACAAAAACACAAGCUAAAUUAUAAAUAACUGUGUGUGUGUGUUUGUGUACAUAAACACUGCGAAAAGUAUUGAGAAAAGUGCAAAACACGUCAAUUAUUCUAUACACAAAUUCGUGUCUGUUAAAAAUGAAGCCAACCAAAAAUUCAACACUGGAAGUCAUCUCGCCAAAAGUACACGUGGACGAUGAGUUCAUUGUGACGGAUUACGAAUACCAAACGUCGCAUGUUAAACGCACCGCUGCGGGCCAAUUGCAGGUGCACCCGCGAACGACUUCGCUGAAGAUACGCACAGCUCGCCAUGUGCCCAAGUUGGGAGUCAUGCUCGUUGGCUGGGGUGGCAACAAUGGAUCCACGCUGACAGCUGCCUUGGAGGCCAAUCGCCGCCAGCUGCAGUGGCGCAAGAAGACGGGCAUGCAGCAGGCCAAUUGGUUUGGCUCCAUCACUCAGGCAUCGACGGUCUUUGUGGGGUCGGACGAGACAGGCACCGAUGUGUAUGUGCCCAUGAAGGAGCUGCUGCCCAUGGCGGAGCCGAAUGACAUUAUUGUGGAUGGCUGGGACAUAAGUGGUCAGCACUUGGGCGAUGCCAUGCGACGCGCCGAGGUCUUGGAUGUGGCUCUGCAGGAUCAGCUAUACGAACAGCUUUCAGCACUGAAGCCGCGUCCCUCUAUUUACGAUCCCGACUUCAUUGCCGCCAAUCAGCUGGAUCGCGCCGAUAAUCUCAUCAAGGGCACCAAGCUCGAGCAGUAUGAGCAGGUGCGUCGCGACAUACGCGACUUCAAGCAGCGCUCCGGCGUGGAGACUGUCAUUGUGCUCUGGACAGCGAACACGGAGCGCUUCAGCAAUGUGCUGCCGGGUCUGAACACCACCAGCCAGGAGCUGCAGGCCUCGCUGAAGGCCAACAAAACGGAAAUCUCGCCGUCAACGAUCUUUGCCAUGGCUAGCAUUGCCGAAGGCUGCACGUACAUUAAUGGCUCGCCGCAGAACACAUUUGUGCCGGGUCUCAUUGAGCUGGCCGAGGAGCAGCGGGUCUUUAUUGCCGGGGAUGAUUUCAAGUCGGGCCAAACGAAGAUCAAGUCCGUAUUGGUGGACUUUUUAGUGGGCGCCGGCAUUAAGCCCGUCUCCAUUGUCAGCUACAAUCAUCUGGGCAACAACGAUGGCAAGAAUCUCUCAGCUCCACAGCAGUUCCGCUCCAAGGAGAUCUCCAAGAGCAAUGUGGUUGAUGACAUGGUGGCGUCGAAUAGCCUGCUCUAUAGGCCCAACGAGCACCCCGAUCACGUUGUGGUCAUCAAGUAUGUGCCAUAUGUGGGCGACAGCAAGCGUGCAAUGGACGAGUACACAUCCGAGAUUAUGAUGGGUGGCCACAACACCUUGGUCAUACACAACACGUGCGAGGAUUCGCUGUUGGCCACGCCGCUCAUACUCGAUUUGGUCAUUCUGGCCGAGCUGAGUGCACGCAUUCAGCUGCGCAGCGCCGAAAAGGAGCUGGCACCGUGGGUGCCCUUCAAGCCGGUGCUCUCGCUGCUCAGCUACCUGUGCAAGGCGCCGCUGGUGCCAAGCGGCUCGCAGGUGGUCAACUCUCUAUUCCGGCAACGAGCUGCCAUCGAGAACAUCUUGCGCGGCUGCAUUGGCUUGGCGCCCAUCUCACACUUGUCAUUGGAGCAACGAUUCGAUUUCACCAGCAUUACAACUGAGCCGCCAGUGAAGAAGGCCAAGCUGCUCGGCCAGCCUUGCUCUGUGGAGUCCAACGCCAAGCUGCACGCCAACGGCCACACCAACGGCACCAAGCUGGCCGCCAACGGCAAUGGCCACUGAGUAGUAUAUAUACAUAUAUGUAUGUAUCUGCAUAUGUAUAUAAUAUUAUAUAUAUAUACGUGUAUUACAUGUGUACUUUUUGCUAAACUACAAACUAGUUGUAAGUUACAAAUAUAUCAAAUAAAUUUCAAACCACCUAAAACGUAAGCACCGCUGUUCUUUGUUCUG